AUGAACCUGAGUGCUUCUUUUACUUUUAUCAGAUUCCAAAUGAAAGUAUACCUAUUUCUCUGUUUGAUGUACUGGACAAGAACCGAGAAUAAAAGACCAUGCCUUAAAUUCUCAAAGCUAAGUGUAACGGAUUCCUUCAGAGAUUUAUUUAAGCCCCAAAUUGCGAUGUUUCUGAUAAUGUAUACAAGGAACAACCUAAGCUGUGGUGAGCCACUGUUUGGGCAGAAUAACUCACUUAGCAUUAAUUUUGACAUGAACAAGAAAACAGUGUGGCUUAUUCACGGAUACAGACCGACGGGCUCCAUUCCAGCUUGGCUUCAGAACUUUCGAAGGAUUUUGUUGAUUCAAGAUGAUAUAAAUGUAAUUGUAGUUGACUGGAACCGGGGUGCUACAACUUUUAUUUAUAAUAGAGCAGUUAAAAAUGCCAGAAAAGUUAGUGCGGCUUUGAGUGAGUGCAUUCAGAGGCUUUUGAAGCAUGGAGCUUCUCUUGAUAAUUUUCAUUUCAUAGGCAUGAGCUUAGGGGCUCAUAUUAGUGGAUUUGUUGGAAAGAAAUUUCACGGUCAACUUGGAAGAAUAACAGGUCUUGACCCUGCUGGACCAAACUUCUCUGGAAAACCGUCAAAUGCCAGAUUAGAUUACACUGAUGCAAAGUUUGUGGAUGUCAUUCAUUCUGAUACCGAUGCUUUAGGCAUUGAAGAACCCUUGGGACAUAUAGAUUUUUAUCCAAAUGGAGGAGUAGAGCAACCUGGCUGUCCUAAAUCAAUAUUUUCAGGAAUAAAAUUUAUUAAAUGUGACCACCAGAGAGCAGUUUACUUGUUCAUGGCAACUUUGGAAACAAAGUGCAAUUUUAUUUCAUUUCCUUGUCGUUCAUAUGAAGAUUACAAGACUGGUUUAUGUAUGGAUUGUGAGAACUUUAAGAAAAAAUCAUGUCCAAGCCUAGGUAUUCAGGCUGAGCAGUGGAAAGAUAUUUUAAAAGAAAGAGCAGAAAAAUCUCUUAAAACCAUUGCGUUUUUGGAUACUGCUGACAAAAACCCAUUCUGUACCUAUUAUUUUGUUUUCAGUAUAAUUUUGGAUAGCACUCUGAAGGAUGGCUAUAUUGCAUUGAAAUUAUUAAACCAGGUUGGAGUGCUUGAAGAGCCAAAGCUCUAUGAAGAGAAAAAAUCAUUUUAUAAAUACCGAGAAACCAAGAUUCUUGCUCGAUUUUUAAAUGAUGUAAACAUUUCAAGCAUUGGUUUGGCAUAUUAUCAGAGCUCAAAUCGGCUGUGUUCCACAUGCAAAUACAACAUCCGGCGUUUCAUGUUAAAAUCGCUUACAUUUCCAGAAAGACCACCUAUCUGCAAGUAUGAUUUUAUACUUAAAGAAAAUGAGGAAGUAUUUUUCACUCCAUGUAUAUGCAAACCAGAGGAAACAUAA